AUGAACGAACAAAACAAAGUAAAAAGUAGACUCCGUCGCAGACGCAGCAUACGAGCUCGUAGUGAGCCAAAGAAUCGACCAGUUGGUAGUGAUACUUCUACACCGUUUUAUUCCUCAAGUAGUAGUGACGAAAGCGAUCAUACUCAGCAUGAAAAGAAGAGAGCAGCGGUUAGAAAAAUUGUUCAAAGAAAAGCGAGCAAUGUGAAAAGAUCAGCGCAACAAAAUUUGCAACCCGCUUAUAAUCAGAAAUCGAAAAGAAGAAAAGUUUCCUCAAGUGACUAUACGAGCGAAGAGGAUGAAGAAUUCUUAAGCGCACUAAAAAGACGAUUAGAAAUUGAAAAAGAAAAAUUAAAUGUGUCAGCUGGUAGCACAGUAAAAAAUGAACAAAACGAGAAUAUAAAAACGGAAGUUCCAAAAUAUACUUCAGAUAAUUACAGCUCGGAAAGCGAUGAGAAUGAAGAUGAUCGCUGCACAUUUAACGAAAACACCAAUAUAACAGCAACAACAGCUCAGGACUAUUGUUUAGAGUCUAAUCCAAUUGAAAAUGAGGUCGUAAAUCAUAGUACUAAUAACUAUGCUUUUAAUAACACAGUAAAUAUGCCAGAACAUUUUACGGAGAGUAGUUCAAAUCCCGACAGCUAUCAACGAGCAGCGGACGUAGAAAGAACUGAUGCGGCUAUUAUACUAACAAAUCUUAGUGCAACAUUAAGCAAUAAUAACAAUAAUAUUAAUAUAGAUACAACAAAUGCGGGAUUAUCACUUUUUGUGGAUACGUCGAAUUCAACAACUUCAACAUCAUCCUCAGAUUCGCUGUCGUCAGUCUGUUCGUCCACAUCCUCAUCAACAAUGUCAUCCUCUUUAUCAUUAGGCAUGCCCAGCAAUCAAGAGUGUUUACCAGAUCAAGCACAGUACUCAUUUGAUGCUAGAUAUGAUGAAGCAGCUGCAGUAUUAGCAGGUUUCGCUAAUACUGACAUGAGAUUUCAAACUACUAUGGCAGCUAGUACUGAUCACUUGUCCAACGACUCCGAAAGUAACACCUCAAACGAUAGCGAUAUUGCGUAA